CCGGGCGUGUGGGAGCGCCGCGGAGCGCGCGGCAGAGGGCCUGGUGCGUGGGGACGCGAGAGUGCGGGUUCGCUGAGAGCCGCGCGGCCCCGGAGCCCUCUGGCCGCCUGAGCUCGGCGCGGGGCCCAGAGCCCGGAGCCCGCCGCCCCCCGCCCCCUGUGCGCUGGGCCGCAGCCCCGGCCGCGGCAGCCAGGCUCCCGGGGAGCGCUCCCCGCCAUGGAGCCUUCGCACAAAGAUGCCGAGACGGCGGCGGCGGCGGCGGCGGUGGCGGCAGCGGACCCCCGGGGGGCGUCCUCGUCCAGCGGGGUGGUGGUGCAGGUCCGCGAGAAGAAGGGCCCCUUGCGCGCCGCGAUCCCCUACAUGCCCUUUCCGGUGGCCGUCAUCUGCCUCUUCCUCAACACUUUCGUGCCGGGACUGGGGACCUUUGUCUCGGCCUUCACUGUGCUGUGUGGCGCCCGCACGGACCUCCCGGACAGGCACGUGUGCUGCGUCUUCUGGCUGAACAUCGCGGCGGCCCUCAUUCAGAUCCUCACGGCCAUCGUCAUGGUGGGCUGGAUCAUGAGCAUUUUCUGGGGCAUGGACAUGGUCAUCCUCGCCAUUUCCCAAGGCUACAAGGAACAGGGCAUCCCACAGCAGCUGUGAGCCCGGGGCAGCCGAGAAGUUCAGGAUGACCCCGUGAGGGCCACCUCCAACGUGAGGGCCACCUCCAACAGCGGCAGGCACAAGGACCUCUCCAUCUCUUCUGCUGUUUCCUGGGUUUGGAGUGGAAACGGUGUGUGGGGGGGGGUUAAAAAUAUUAUUUAUUUUGAAAACACAUCUGCUUUUUUCAGCAGGUUCUGAGGGCUGCUAGCCCUCCUUGUGGGCACGGGCGCCCAGAGCAUCUCCAGGGGGGUAGGGAGUGGGGUGGAGACAGGAGUGCUGACAGAGAGGCUGGAAUGGUCCUGCUCCCGCUUCCCCCUCGUCCCACACACUCCUAGCCUUGCAUCGCCCACUGCAAGGGCCCUGUCCAGCUGAGCAGGGGCUCACCAGGGGGCAGGACAGU